AUAUUCUCACAUUCUCUAAAUUAAAAAUUCCUCUCUCGUAAUAUAAAUUAAGUCAAACUAUGAAUCAUUUGAUUCACAAACAGCAAAAUCCUGUGAGAUUUUGUCUCCCAGAGUCUGUUGAAAACAAUGAAACUCGCGAAGUUCAGGAGGACCCACCUUGAGGAGACACUCCCGGAGUGGAGGGACAAGUUCCUCUGCUACAAGCUCUUGAAGAAGCUCCUCAAGCACUUGCCCGCCACCGUGGCAACCAUCGCCGCGGUGGAUUCUCUCCCUCGCCACCUCGAGUUUCUGCCGGCAAAUGCACAUUUGGCCGUUGCUGAUGGAAGUGGCGAGUUCCAUCCCUUGGGGGAACUGUUCGUUCCGAUUCUGAAUGAGGAGCUAAAGAAGUUAAACGAUUUCUAUGUUGAUAAGAAGGAGGAGUUCGUUAUACGAUUCCAGGAGCUGAAAGGAAGAAUCGAGAGCAUCGGGGAAAGGAGCAGCAGUGGUGGAGUUUUUACUUCAGAGACCUUCAGGAAAGAAGUGAUGGACAUCCGUAAGGACUUUGUCACCAUUCAUGGGGAGAUGGUGCUUCUCGAAAAACAUAGCUGGUGGAAUUUUAGAGCGCUUGUCAAAAUUCUAAAGAAGUACGGUAAACGAACUGGAGGAGUGUUGCGUUUACGUUUCACGCAACUAGAUCACCAGCCUCUCUUUACAACAGAAACUCUCACGAGGCUAGUCCGUGAAUGCGAGGCAACUCUCGAGCUUCCCUUCCCAUUGGAAGCAGAAGUCAUUGAAGGUACAACAACCACACAAGACUCAACCCCUCCAGACAGAAGUCAUUCAAACCCACAAUCGAAUGAUUCGGCAAAUAUUGCAUCUGAGACACCUUCAAACAUGGAGGCAAACAUAAAUAUAUAUCGUGGAACCGUUGCUGCAAUGAAGGCCAUUCAAGGCCUUCAAAAACCAAGCUCCACUGCCGGUCCAUGGUCACUUUCAAAUCACUUUAGAAGCCAGGACGAGGAGAGCACUGGCGCUGUCAAAGUUGAAAUCUCUACUUCAAACUCUGUAGCGAGCUGGCAAAGCGAAGAGGAGGAUGACCAGUUAUAGUAUUAUCCAUCGGUUUCUGUAGUACACCCUCCGUUUCUGAUCAAGAGAACGACAGUGUACGUAACAGCGUUCAUCUUAUUAGUUUCAGCGUUGUCUCGUACGUUCUUGU